AUGAGUGCACAAGCCACGCGACUCGAGAGUCUCUUCCUACUUGUACGAGAUGGAAGCAGCGCUCAAAUUCGUGAGAACGCGGCCGAGAAGUUGGGCGAAGUGGGCGCGCAAUCUCUCGAGUUCUGUGCCUCGAUCCUGCAAAAGCUACGGCCGCUAAUUGUUGACGACGAGUGGGAUAUACGCGUGGCUGCAUCCAAGUGCCUCGAAGUAGUGGCGCGUUCCUUACGGAACGAGGACGAGAACGUCGCGGAUGUUUUCGCACUGGUCUCUUUUGGCAACCAUGAAGCUCUGAUGGCAGCGCUUGAUCUGCAGACAGUGGACGUUUACAAGGUCGUGCGAGAGGGGGCGCCGCUUUUGCGAAGUGGGGGAGAGGAAUAUCAAUACCCGACGAAUCUGACGGAGGAAGGGCGACGAGUACAAGCAGUAAAGCAGCGUCGUUUGCUAUUGAGACGUCUUAGUGGAGUCGGCAAGCCAAUUUGGGAAACGCGCGAGGGUUCACUGACGAACCAACUGCUUCCCCGACUGAAUGAAAAUUAUACCAAGGAGAUCGCAGACGAUAUCGAGAAAAGUGAAGCACAGCCUAUUGUAGGCGAUGAGUACAGUGCGGUUGCUGUCCGGAAGCAAGCGAGUGAGAUGAUAUCGACUUUUCGAAGCUCUAAGCGCUGUGCAGAAAAGGAUGACGCUAGUUUGCGUUGUAGCAAAAAGCGGGUGACAGGUGAAAAUGACGGUAAAAUUGGAGGCUUGCUUGCGAAAGACCCCGGCACAAAAUGUGUAAGUGGCCUGCUCGAGGAAGUUGAAACGCGGUCAAAGGCGAAAAUUGUGGCAAGCUUGGUCUCGGAUCUAUUUGAAAGCAUGUUCGAUUCCAAAUGGGAGGUUCGUCAUGGUGCGCUCUUAUCAUUGCGGCAAGUUUUUAUAUCAGCCCACUUCACAAAGGCUGUUGAAGCGACUCGGCUAGCACAUGUUAAUCAUGUGCAGGAUAGCGUUGUUGACAAGUGGCUGGAAGAGUGCUUGAUUCGGUGCAUUUGUGUACUAGCGCUGGACCGGUUUGUCGACUACUCGGCCGACGGCUCUGUCUCUCCUGUUCGUGAGAUGUGUGCGCAAGUCUUUGGAAUUUUGCUCGGCAGUGUUUCUAGCGAAGCCACGCUUGUCCAAUACUUGCAAGUAGUGCGCACGUUGUUUAGUGGGUUGACGUGGCAUGCUUGCCACGGUGGUCUCUUGGGGCUCAAAUAUCUCGUCCAAGCUCAUGGCAAUCAUGGAUCAGCCCUAGUUCCUCUGUUUUUCAACGAUAUUGUGACAGUGUUUUCUCAGGCCGUUGCAGAGGAAGAUGUGUUGGUUCUAUCGGUAGACAUGAUCAAAGAUUUUGUCUCAUGCUUAGAUCAAGUCAAACCAGUAGCUAUCUCAAACACGGCUACACUGUUGUGGGGAUCUCUGAAGCUUUACGACAAGUCUGACGUGUCGCGCCAGAUCGCGGAACACGUCGCGCUUUUUCCGUACGACAAGUUGCGUAACCACCCAAAAGAAUUUGAACAGGCUCAUUUUAAGCGGCAAGAUCUAUUUCUGGUCGACGAGCUUAUCCAGCACAGUUUUUCUCGCUUUUAUGACCGGAUACAAGGUCUAGCCGAUUUCGUGAUGCGUCAGGCAUCAACUCAAAAAAAGUGCGUCUCAAAGAUAAUCUCCAAUCUCUGCAACAACGCUGUGGCGUUGCAGACGACAGUUCGAGUUGUUGGAGCUGAGAGUGCACUGCGCGAAAUUUGCAAGCGUGGUGGCGCUUUUCUUUUCGAUGCGUGUCGCGCCUUGGAAGAUGUCAUUUCUAAGGCGUGGAAUUCACCGCUUGGUCCGACAUUGAUCGUAACGACGUACUCCAUACUGCGCACGGAUAUUGAGCGCUUGGGGAAUGCCACUUACGCCUUUGUGGUGCUGGACGAAGCGCAUUUGAUUCGAAACCCAUCCACCGCUUUGUUCCGAGCGGUACGUAAGCUUCUGGCGUUGCAUCGUGUUGCCUUGAGCGGAACGCCGUUGCAGAACAAUGUCACCGAUUUGUGGGCUCUCUUCGAGUUCUUGAUGCCCGGAUACUUGGGUGACUUUGCUGCGUUCCGCCGCGAGUUUGUCUUUCCUAUCACAAAGUCAGCACAACGUAAUGCAACGACAAAGCAGAAGGAAGUGGCGGCCAUUGCUAUCGCGCAAUUGCAUCAGAAGGUGUUGCCGUUUAUUUUGCGUCGAACGAAAGAGCAGGUGCUGACAGAGCUUCCUCCGAAAGUUAUUUCGAAUGUGCUUUUACCCCUGUCUUCGCUACAGCGGCGCCUAUAUUCACUGGCAAUGUCGACAGAAAGUGGGAGCUCAAGCUUGUCAAGGUAUUCGCGGUCGAAUAGUACUGGAACCGAGAGGGCAGAGACAAAGACCAACGUGUUAGCGAAUUUGCAGCUGCUACGAAAAAUUUGCGUCCACCCAGCGCUUGUUGCAAAGGACAAAGUUGCUCGGCUUCUUGACGCAAAGGACAAAGACGCUCUUCUAGACUGGAAGUGCUCAGGAAAGAUGACAGGGUUGCGUGACCUGUUGGUCGAGUGCUGCGAUGUAGCACCGCGGGAUCAACUUUUAGCAAGUGAAUCUUCUGCCAGGGACAAUCUGGAUGACAGCCGGAUUUCCCCCCAUCGGUGUCUCGUAUUUGCUCACUUACAACAGACACUGGAUAUCACAGAGCAAAUGCUGCAAGAUGCACUGCCAAAAGUCACGUACCGGCGCCUUGAUGGACGAACAGCCCACUCAAAGCGCGCAGAUAUCGUACAAUGCUUUAACUCUGAUCCGUCGAUUGACAUUUUGCUGUUGACAACGUCGGUAGGUGGUCUGGGACUAACACUCACUGGGGCUGACACGGUCAUCUUUAUCGAGCACUCAUGGAACCCCUUUGUUGAUUUGCAAGCCAUGGAUCGGGCUCAUCGCAUUGGGCAGAAGCGAUGUGUCCGUGUUUUUCGGCUGAUCAUGGAGAGAUCUCUGGAAGAGCACAUUGUAACUCUUCAAGAGUUCAAAGAGCAAGUCGCAGAUACGGUCGUGCAGAAGAGCGAUGCUCGAAGUAGUAUGAACACGAGCACAAAAGGUGUUCUCAAUCUGUUGCAAGCUUCAUCGUUGGCGGCGGUUGCUACAAAGCUUCGUGGGUCAGUCACGAAACUGGAUUCCGAAGAAAUUGAUUACGCUGCUGCUGCGCUUCCACAAGACGCCAAAGCACUUAUUGACCAGAUCAGCGAGCUAUGGGAUGAGUCACAGUACAAAUCUCUAGCAUUUCCCGACGUUGUGGGCAAGUAA